GCGCAGGUUUGGGUGAGAGGCGAUCGCGGACGGGAGCGCGGCGGGCGCAGCCGGAGCGGGAGCGCAGCGGGAGGUACCGGCGGGAACGGGCUGGGUUGGGCUGUUACCGCACGUUCCCGCACUGGCGGGACUUGGUUUGUCGCGGCCGUAUCGCGACGGGCGAGACGAUUGCGACAGCACCAUGCUGGCCAACGCGGCCACCAUGCGGAUCCUCAUCAAGGGGGGGAAGGUGGUGAACGAUGACUGCACGCUGGAGGCCGACGUCUACAUCGAGAACGGCAUCAUCCAGCAAGUGGGCCGUGAGCUCAUGAUCCCCGGCGGGGCCAAGGUCAUCGACGCCACCGGCAAGCUCGUCAUCCCCGGUGGCAUCGACACCAGCACCCACUUCCACCAGACCUUCAUGAACGCCACCUGCGUGGAUGACUUCUACCACGGCACCAAGGCAGCUCUGGUGGGAGGGACGACGAUGAUCAUCGGCCACGUCCUGCCCGACAAGGAGACCUCGCUGCUGGACGCCUACGAGAAGUGCCGCAGCCUGGCCGACCCCAAGGUCUGCUGCGACUACGCCCUGCACAUGGGCAUCACUUGGUGGGCGCCCAAGGUGAAGGCGGAGAUGGAGACGCUGGUGCGGGAGAAGGGGGUGAACUCCUUUCAGAUGUUCAUGACCUACAAGGACCUGUACAUGCUGCGGGACAGCGAGCUCUACCAGGUCUUCAGGGCCUGCCGCGACAUCGGGGCCAUCGCCCGCGUCCACGCCGAGAACGGCGAGCUGGUGGCCGAGGGAGCGAAGGAGGCGCUGGAUCUGGGCAUCACGGGGCCGGAGGGCAUCGAGAUCAGCCGGCCUGAAGAGCUGGAGGCUGAGGCCACGCACCGUGUCAUCACCAUCGCCAACAGGACCCACUGCCCCGUCUACCUGGUGAACGUCUCCAGCAUGUCUGCGGGGGACGUCAUCGCCGCUGCCAAGAUGCAAGGGAAGGUGGUGUACGCGGAGACGACCACGGCGCACGCCACGCUCACCGGGCUGCACUACUACCACCAGGACUGGUUCCACGCCGCCGCCUACGUCACCGUGCCGCCGCUGCGCCUGGACACCAACACCUCCGCCUACCUCAUGAGCCUGCUCGCCAACGACACACUGAACAUCGUGGCCUCUGACCACCGGCCCUUCAGCACCAAGCAGAAGGCCAUGGGCAAGGAGGACUUUACCAAGAUCCCCCACGGCGUGAGCGGGGUGCAGGACCGCAUGAACAUCAUCUGGGAGCGAGGCGUGGUUGGGGGCAAGAUGGAUGAGAACCGCUUCGUGGCCGUGACCAGCUCCAACGCCGCCAAGAUCCACAACCUGUACCCCCGCAAGGGCCGGAUCAUCCCCGGGGCCGACGCCGACGUCGUGGUCUGGGACCCCGAGGCCACCAAGACCAUCUCAGCCAGCACCCAGGUGCAGGGCGGGGACAUCAACCUGUACGAGAACAUGCGGUGCCACGGGGUGCCCCUGGUCACCAUCAGCCGCGGGCGAGUGGUCUAUGAGAACGGCGUCUUCAUGUGCGCCGAGGGCACCGGCAAGUUCUGCCCCCUCCGCUCCUUCCCAGACUCCGUCUACAAGAAGCUGGUGCAGCGGGAGAAGAGUUUGAAGCUGCGGGGUGUGGAUCGCACCCCGUACCUGGGGGACGUGGCCGUGGUUGUGCAUGCCGGGAAAAAAGAGACGGGGACGCCCCUGGCUGAUACGCCCACCCGCCCCGCCACGCGACACGGGGGCAUGAGGGACCUCCACGAGUCCAGCUUCAGCCUGUCCGGUUCUCAGAUCGAUGACCACGUUCCAAAGCGAGCUUCGGCCCGGAUUCUCGCUCCCCCCGGAGGCCGGUCGAGUGGCAUUUGGUAGAGCUGGGGACCUGUCUCCCAACUGAGGACCAGGCGCUGGCCCCACGCUGCUCCCCCCGGGACCCCGGCUCUGGGGGGGCUCCCCUGGCACCGGGGGGCCCUGCCCAUCCCCGGCCUGCCCGCGGGGCCGUGCCGGCAGCGUCCGGCGGCAGCCACGAGCGGGGGCCAGGACCGCGGCCUGGCCGGCGGGAGGGGACGGGGCAGCGGGGGGGCCUGCCCCGGCCCUUUUCUGUUUGCACGUUGGGUUUGGAUCAGUGAAUUUUUGACUUGUUUGUGCAUCACGUGGAAAUACUCUGAAGUGGUUUGUGUCACUAGCGUUAGGGGAGAAGCAGGGACCCCCACCCCCUUCUGCCCUUCCCACCCCCGGGCUGCCCCCCCAUCCCUGCACCCCUGCUGGCCCCCACCCCUUCACCCACCCCGGCCCCAGCCCCACGCGGGACGUGUGAGCCCGUCCCACACCCCGGCAGUGAGCGGCGUUACGGCACCUACACACCCGCACCAGCAUGGUGCCACAGCUGCCGUGUGUGCACACACAGGCGCAACCCUGUGUGCAAAGUGCCAGCACAUGCAUGCACACACAUGUGCAACCCUCCGUGCAAAGCGCCAGCACACACGUGCAUCCCUCUGUGCAAAGUGCUGGCACAUGCAUGCAUACACAUAUGCAAUGCUCUGUGCAAAGUCUCGGCACACGUGUGCACACACACGUGCAACCCUCUGUGCAAAGCGCCAGCACACACGUGCAUCCCUCUGUGCAAAGCACCGGCACACGCGUGCACACGCAUGCAUCUCUCUGUCCAACGUGUUGGCACAUGCCUGCACACACAUGUGCAACGCUCUGUGCAAUUUAUCGGCACACACGUGUGCAUUCCUCCGUGCAGAGUGCCGGCAGGCCCCUCACCGCUGCAUGUGCGUGCGCACACGUGUCACACGGUGCGCGGGCUCAGCAAGGCGCUCGCAGCGCACACGGAGCUCCGCAGCAGGUGUCUGCGCACACGUCCUCCUCCCUCCGUGCACCACGGCCGCCCUGUCGCGCGUCGUGCCGGGGGCUGCCGCGGACCCCGGGGGUGCCAGGGCUGCUCCCAAGCACGGGUGGUGGGGGCCGGUGGGUUGUGGGUCCCGGUGCAUGUGGCCCCGGUGGAGCAGGGUCCCCGUAUCCCCGGGGCCAUGCACUGGUGCUAUCCGGCGGGCGCCCCGGCCCCGCUCCCCCUCCCCAGCUGUCCCCGGGGUGGUGUCAGAUGUGAGUUGUUCCUUGUGCACUUUUCCCCUAGAUGGUCCCUGUAGGUGUGCGGGGGGGCCGGGUGGGCGCAGCCCCGGGCCGGGGGUCCUGCCCGCUCCCGGGUAGUUGCGUAUUGGCCGUUUUAGGAACCUGCAGUACGUUUCUGUUUGCUCAUUAAAGACAGUUCUCACAGCG